GGGGUUUGGGAAACAAGGCUUCCAGUGCCAAGUUUGCUGUUUUGUGGUCCACAAGAGGUGCCAUGAAUUUGUUACUUUUUCUUGUCCGGGUGCAGAUAAGGGACCCGACACUGAUGACCCCAGGAGCAAGCACAAGUUUAAAAUCCACACGUACGGAAGCCCCACCUUCUGUGAUCACUGUGGGUCCCUGCUGUAUGGACUCAUCCACCAGGGGAUGAAAUGCGACACCUGCGACAUGAAUGUGCACAAGCAGUGUGUGAUAAAUGUUCCCAGCCUCUGUGGAAUGGAUCACACCGAGAAGAGGGGACGGAUUUACCUGAAGGCUGAGGUCACUGAUGAAAAGCUCCACGUCACAGUCCGAGAUGCAAAAAAUCUAAUCCCUAUGGAUCCAAAUGGGCUUUCGGAUCCUUAUGUGAAGCUGAAACUUAUUCCUGAUCCCAAGAAUGAAAGCAAACAGAAAACCAAAACCAUCCGCUCCACACUGAACCCGCAGUGGAACGAGUCCUUCACAUUCAAAUUAAAACCUUCAGACAAAGACCGACGACUGUCUGUAGAGAUCUGGGACUGGGAUCGAACAACGAGGAAUGACUUCAUGGGAUCCCUUUCGUUUGGAGUGUCGGAGCUCAUGAAGAUGCCAGCCAGCGGAUGGUACAAACUGCUUAACCAAGAGGAAGGUGAGUACUACAACGUGCCCAUUCCGGAAGGGGAUGAAGAAGGCAACAUGGAGCUCAGGCAGAAAUUUGAGAAAGCCAAACUUGGCCCUGCUGGUAACAAAGUAAUUAGUCCUUCGGAAGACAGGAAACAACCUUCCAAUAACCUUGACAGAGUGAAGCUCACGGACUUCAAUUUCCUCAUGGUGCUGGGGAAGGGGAGUUUUGGGAAGGUGAUGCUUGCUGACAGGAAGGGAACAGAAGAACUGUAUGCGAUCAAAAUCCUGAAGAAGGACGUGGUGAUUCAGGAUGAUGAUGUGGAGUGCACCAUGGUGGAAAAGCGGGUCCUGGCCCUGCUCGACAAGCCCCCGUUUCUCACACAGCUGCACUCUUGCUUCCAGACCGUGGAUCGGCUUUACUUUGUCAUGGAAUACGUCAACGGUGGGGACCUCAUGUACCACAUCCAGCAAGUAGGGAAAUUUAAGGAGCCACAAGCAGUAUUCUAUGCAGCAGAGAUUUCCAUUGGAUUGUUCUUUCUUCACAAAAGAGGAAUCAUCUAUAGGGAUCUGAAGUUAGAUAAUGUCAUGCUGGAUUCAGAAGGACACAUCAAAAUUGCUGACUUCGGGAUGUGCAAGGAACAUAUGAUGGAUGGAGUCACGACGAGGACCUUCUGUGGGACGCCAGAUUACAUCGCCCCAGAGAUCAUUGCUUACCAGCCGUAUGGAAAGUCUGUGGACUGGUGGGCCUAUGGCGUCCUGUUGUAUGAAAUGCUAGCUGGACAGCCUCCGUUUGACGGUGAAGAUGAAGAUGAGCUGUUUCAGUCUAUCAUGGAGCACAACGUUUCCUACCCCAAAUCCUUGUCCAAGGAGGCCGUUUCCAUCUGCAAAGGACUGAUGACCAAACACCCAGCCAAGCGGUUGGGCUGCGGGCCCGAGGGAGAGAGAGACGUGAGGGAGCACGCCUUCUUCCGGAGGAUCGACUGGGAGAAGCUGGAGAACAGGGAGAUCCAACCGCCGUUCAAGCCCAAAGUGACUUUCUGUACCAAAAUGCACUGGCUUCAGUGGGCAUCCAGGCCUUCGUGUGGCAAAGGAGCCGAAAACUUUGACAAGUUCUUCACACGAGGGCAACCUGUCUUAACACCGCCAGAUCAGCUGGUCAUCGCUAAUAUAGACCAGUCUGAUUUUGAAGGGUUCUCCUAUGUCAAUCCGCAGUUUGUGCACCCGAUCCUGCAGAGUGCAGUAUGAAACUCAGCAAUGAAAGCAAAUGCUUCCCUAUCCCCUAACCCCCGCCCCCAGCAGUGGGAAAUUAUCCUUAAUCCUAAAAUUUGAAGGCCAUGGCCUGUGUCUUGUUCCACAGGGAGGCUUGCAAUUUGUAGGGUCAUUAGUUCAUAUGUGAUCGACUUUUCAGGGUCUCUCUCUUAUAACCAAGAACAUUGUCCUAGUGGAAGAUGACAUAAUGUACAGUGUCCAGUUUAAUUAUGUAGAAGUCACACCUGGCUGUAGGUUAAUACUUCCUAGAAAGCAAACAGACUCUUGCCCCUUUUUGGUACGAUUUGACAUAUUCUCCAUCUGUGGAUUUUCACCAAGCUCACGUAAGCAGAGAUGUUAAAGUGAAACUGUUCCAGCUCGGUGGACUGGGAUCAUCUCCACCCAAGAUGUCUUUGGAGUGAAAGAACAAGGAGCCCAGGGAGUGAGCACAGCGGGCUGGGGAUGGGAGAGGCUUCAAGAUACCUGCCGCUUCUGUUCUCUGCCUCAGUGGAGAAAGACCCUAGAAUCUGAAAGGCCCGGAUGAACCUAAUCACUGUUCCCAAAGCGUAUAACUCAAGUGUAGUCCAGCCGUGAAAGAAGGAAUGAAGAAAGGAAGAAAGAAAAGGAAGGAAGAAAGGAAGAAAGAAAGAAAAGGAAGAAAGAAAUCUUCAAAUGAGAGUUGGGUAAACCUCUCAUCCGUUGCCCUACCGGUUGAUAACUAUCUUGAAACUUGCAUUCUUUUUAAGAGGCCAAAUCAUCCAAGGGUUUUGCUAAACGAGCACGUGAAAUCUUUUCAGAUCAAGGAUAAACCAGUGUGUAUGUGUGUCCAUUUUAAUCUCUGGGAGAUUUUUCUUCGGUCCAGGGUGCCAUCAGUAACCGUGCCACUACUCGAGUGUUAGCCAACGCCCCCUCACACACAUGAAUAUUUUGGUACCUUGUUACCCUUCCUAAGAAGCUGAAGUGUACACCUCAUACCCUUUUUUUUUUACUUAUUUAUUUAAUAGGCUGUGGUGUUGUUUAUGAAAGUACGCUGUACAGUAACUUAACGUGUUGACUAGCAUCAGGACCUAUUGAUUUAUUUCCUCCCUUCCUUAGCCCUUGACAUCCGCUUAGGGGUGACAGAUAAUACAGUUUGGGUUCCCAUUUCCGGUUGUGUUGAGCGACACACCUGGCGCCGUAGGACAGGACACUUGGAUGCUUAUGAGCUGAAAGAUGUUUUCUUGCUAGAGGGAUUUUACUGUGUUUUGCAAAUGCAUCAUGCAAUGGAUUUUGCAUGUUUAUCAUAGACCUUAAUAACAAGUAAAUCUAUAUUAUUAAUAUAACCGCAUCAAGUUUAAAGAGAGUAUUAUAAUAAUUUUAUAAGAUACGAUCGUGCUAUAUUUGUGAAGGUUUAUGUUUCUUACCUGCUUUUAUGAUUAGGUUUUAGUUUAAUUCUUUGCUGCUGUGCUUUCUUUUACCCUUCUCCCCCUGCACACUGGCCCCGUAUCAGAUAUAUUAAUUUUGUAAUGUAGAUCUAAUUUCAAAAAUGAAUGGCUAUUUUACAUGUUUAAUUAGGCUCUUACUAUAUAUGUGUGUAUAUAUAUGUAUGUAUAUACAUAUAUAUAUUUGAUUCUACCUGCAAACCGAAGUGGUGUUUGUGGGGACUAUUUUUGAGAUGAGACUCUUAGUUUUUUAAUGUCCUCUUUUGUUUGGGUCCGUCUUCCUUUGGGGACAGUGGGAAGUGUUUGAAUCCAGUUUGCCCGGUAUGUUUGUGUACAUGUGGCGUUGUCACAGCACCUGGGCGAGGGGUGUGCGUGUGUGUGUGCGCGCGUGUGUGUGUGUCUAUCUGUGUCUGUGUGUUUUGUCCUCCCUUUUAACCUGUGAUUGCUGGAGACCAGAAGGCAGCGCAGAAGGAACUUCCUUCUUGCCAUGUGGACUGGAGCCCCCUGGAAGGAUGUAGCGUGAUUGCUUCCCCAGAAGGCCUCACCAGUGUUCCAGCAGAUGCAGACUUUGUGAAACAAACCCUGUGUCAGUCCCUGCGGUUCUCAGGGGCUGCACGUGUCGUUCUAGCUGUUGCUCGAGUUGGUCUUUGCCAUCCUCCGAGGGGCGUGUGUCUAGUGAGACAUCUUGCAUUGCCCUGAGAAGAGCCAGUUUCCUGCUGCACAGAAGACAAGUGAGAACGAAAGGAACUGUUGGCCCUUGCAGAAGGCUGCUCUCUUUCCUCCCAUAGCAUCACCCAGUUAAGCUCUCCUCAUUGUGACUAUCUGGAUAUUUGUGUGCAGUUCACAGAAUGCGCUUACUAUGGGUGACGUAAGAGGCCUCGGUUGUGCUGAAAAUCCCUGAUUGGAGAGAGAGGCGGGGUAGGAAAUGGGCCAGACCACAAAAGAGCAGUUUCUUUGGCCAUGUUUUAUGGACUCCAGACUUUGAAACUCAAAAGGGAUCCUUGCACAUUGGUCCCUGAAGUCCUGCUGGUCAGCUUACAUUCUAAGGGCGUGUCCUCGCCAGGACACUCCACCUCAUCCGGUGGAAAAAGAAUUUGAUUAUAGAAAGAGCCCAGAAGACAGAAGGGCCAGUCCUUCACCCCAGGUGGAGCAGCAACAAGACCGAUCCCAGCCAAGCCCCAAGAUGUUGAAGAAAGCCCAAGAGGAACGCGUGUCAUGGACCAUUUGUCCAGUGUGCCAAGCUGCCUGCUUCUAAGCAAGCGGGAGGCUUGAGCUUCCCCUCAGACAGCCGAAGCACAGCUUAAAAUCACUGCUGCUCCUCUGGGAAAUACAUCCCACCGCUCAGCUGUCUUGUGUUCUUAGAGAAUGUGCGACACCGUUUUCAAAGAAAGGACCCUGAGCACGGGGCCAGCGCUCUGCCUAAGGGAAAACAGACUGGAGAACCAGCUGGGCUGGGACUGGGGGAUUAAUGGUAAACAUAAGGACCUGAGGAUGGUUCCGUUGUAUAGCCUGCUUUAUACACUGAGUAUGAAAUUUAGAGAAAGGCUAAUGCUUUAAAAAUGUGUUCAGCCCAAGACAGUUAUUGCUGAAAGACUAACUCAUGUGGAUAACCAUUAGCAACUGUGAUCCGCAGAAAUGGCUGAUAACAUUCAAUACCAUUUUCCUAUUUCACAGGCCUUGAAUGAAAUGGAACAGCAGGGAACGGUUGUGUGUACUUGGGUGACUCUGUUGGAGGCACUGGGGCGUAGCUUGAAGGGUCCAGUCCCCGGGGACUCUCGGAAGGGUCAGGCACUUUGGGACUCUGAUCGCUGCACACAUUGCCGGGCUCUAGCGACGAGAAUUAGCACAUCUGAGUCUCGGCAGGACCCCGCAGGCUUUGACCCCUGAAGGCCAUUCAAAUUGUGCUGCAUUAUUUUCCCUUGAAAGGUGGCUGCUGCUUAGCAGCAGAACUUCUGUGGCUGCAUGCCCGUGAGCUGGCAGCUCUGCUUUGGCAUUGCGUCCAGUCCCCCGUUGCUGGAUUUGAAUGGAAGGAGCCGGAGUGCGCUGUCAGGUACAGCCCUCGGGAUAAUAAGAGCCCCGCCUCCAGGCAGGAAGUCAUUCAGAGGUGGAUGAGAAACCCGAGAACGAAGGGAUUGCUCCUCACCACAUCUCCUCUUUUAUCCCUGUGGCCUCUUGAGUGGCAGAACUGCUGUCUGCCUUUUCUCAGAGGAUACAUUAGGCUUUUUAUUGGGAGUUGGGGUAGAACAUUGGGGGGACGGGGUAUAGAGAGCUCUCUGGAAGCUUGUCCUGAGUUGGUUGGUUGUAAGAUUAUCCUAGACCCAGAUUAAUGUGACCCUGCCAAGGAUUGCUGAUCACUUCUGUGACUUACAUCCUUAGCACACAGUUCAGGGACUUGCUGGAAGGAGGGUGCUGAUCCCAAGAAAGCUGCCCAUUGACAUCGGAGAGAAGGGAGAGUGGUUUAGGGCUAAACUGGCCAGGACACAGAGAAGGGUAGGGUGUGAGUGCGUCCAGAGAGACCCUGUGCCGGCGGGCCUCGUGCAGCAUCUCCAUGGCGUCGCAUCCGGGACACUGGUCCAGGCAGUGUCGCAGCUGGUCUUCAAGACUGUGGUUUUUGCCGGGGACACGGUCUGUUCCUCCUUAGGAAACGCUCCCCCUCCGUGCCACUGACAUCCUCACCAGCUGGGAGAAGCUGCGCCCCGCCGUGAAACGGCUCCCGGUUCUUUGGGCAGAGCCAGACCCCCUGGCGGGCCUGGGAGCCCACCCCUGCCACCCUUCCCUCUGUGACUUCCUGCCGAGCGUCAUGGCUGCCAAGGAUGGACGGAGAAGUCGCAAAAACAGCUAACCCUGCACUUCCCACCUGCCUCCACUUAGCGGAAGUAGGAGGCUUUUCUGCUGGAAUUUGUUUUGUCCAUACUGAAGAGGAGGGAGAGUGCGAGUGUUAGGUUUUUAAAAGCCUCCAGAAGUGACACCAUCUGACAGUCAUUUCUCACUCCGGUCUCAUGAAGUCUCAAUUUCUUGUGUGUAUACAUCACACCAUUUCUUGUUUCUUUCUAGGCCCGCCAGGGCAGGAGUGCCUGGCCCCCCACUGAGCACACACCACAUGGGUGCUGAGCCAGGGGCCCCAGGGGGUGAGGACCAGGACAGGGACAGGGACAGGCAUGACAGUGAUAAGGGAGGAGAAGGGCUCGCUGGUUAUUAGUAGGUACACGUUAACUUGACCAGGAGCGGUGGGAAGUAUUUGUAACUCAUUUUCCUUGAGCUGCUUGGGCUAAGGUUUAUGAAAUAUACUAGUCUGUCAACAUUCCUAUCAUACUCCAUUUGAGCCAUUGCAGCAAAUCUAGGUAAUGCUACGUCUUUCUGCUGUUAGAAAACUCCAGGAAAUUAGAAAAGGUUACCUGCGCUGUACAUGGAUUAAGCGGACAUCCAGAAAUGAUGCCAACCACUAAUUCUGUAAUGUCGGGACUCCGGGUGGGCUCAGCGUGUGUGUGACUGAUCCCUGUGUGCCUCAUCUGUGUGAUCAGCUGUCAGCUCACAACCAUGUACGUCACAGAAAAAAGCAGACAUUAUGGUUUUUCCUCCUGUAUAUGGACCUAAGGACAGAACACACAGGCGAUUCAACCGGCCUUACAGUGACCCAACAAUAAAGUCCAUACGUCCCAAAGACGUUUUUUUAUCCUAAAGGAAGAGAUUAAUUUGUUAAUUCCAAUAGAACAACAUACUAGGGCUAUUUGUACUUUUUAUAGAGAACUUUAAUAAUUCUUUUAAAAUGAGUUUUUAAAAUGAAGCUUUGACAACUUCGUAAAAUUCCGAUCACACGGAGCCUGAAGGAAGACUCAACCUGGGUCGGCUAGAACCUCCCUGACCUGCAUUCCCACUGUAGGAGUUACCCAGCCGGUGGAGGCCCGUGUCCGCGUGAGAACCAGUGCAAGCUCACGUGGCACUUGGCGGGUUGACACUCUGUUUUUAAUAGACACUGGGGAUAAUUGCCUGAGGUUUAGACAUUUUCAAACUGUCGGAAAGAUGGCUGUGUUGUCCCCCUUCCAGAGGCAGCCCUAGAGCAGCACUCCUGGGGUCUUGCUCUGUGAGGCUCUGCGACCACCUUUUGGUGAGAGGAUUCCCUGCCCAUCCCCCAAUCUCUCACAUUUGGUGAAAAUUCAGAGAUGCUCUGUAAGGAUGUUGCCUGCUAGGCAAUUCAGAACUAUUUCAGUAUCCCAAGAAAUAAGAAGCAGCAGAAAACGUGCCUACUAGCUUCUGUUUCGUAGCUAUUGCAUAUGUGGGUAGACAGAAUCCUACCUUUCAGAAAAUAGAAAUCCAGUUCACUUUAUAAGAACCUUUUUUUUUUUCUAAUGUAACACAAAGAUGACUGCAUUUUCUGAUAAAACUAUGUCUUUGUCUCCUCUGCCUAACUUUAGGAGUAUCUCUUCCUGUGGUUGUUUGAAGAUUCCUGUUGAUAUUCUUUCUGGAAGAAUGUCAUUCUUUUCUGAGAGGGAUCAGUGAACUAUCCAAAAUUACACAUGAACGCGAUUCCUAUUUUGAGUCUAACAAUUUCCUAAAAAUUGACGUCUUAUCCUUGCUAUUACAGUCUUUCAGAAUAUCUUUUGUAGAUGAUCAGGAACAUUUGAAAUUGGUUUUCCUACAUGUAUUUUGUUUUUGUUUUUUGAAAGCCACACCAUGUUUAAAGCAUUGAUUGAAGAACAUCAAUUAAGACCCCAAAUUUGUAUGGUGAAAAAAGCAGACAUUAUGGUUUUUCCUCCUGUAUACGGACCUAAGGACAGAACACACAGGUGAUUCAACUGUCAGUUACCAUUUGGUUCUAUAACAGAUGCGAAGGAUGUGUAAAUUACUGCAUUGCUUUCCUCGAUUCGUAUAACCUCUAAUCUUUGUUUGCAUGAUUUGCUUUGUUAGGUACAUUCAUUGUAGUUUGGAAGCAAGUGUGUAUGAAUAAAGAUAAUGAUCAUUCCUUAG